UUCUCUUCGCCCCACCAAAACACAUCGUUUUCGAGUGAGCAUUGCACACUCCCCUGCACUCUCUCUACUCCCCGCCAAACCUCGGCGUAUUUCUUGAUAUCCUUGACGGUACUCUCUGCAUAAAUUUUCCGGAGAAGAUUCUCAUUCUCUUGGUGCCAUCCAGGAGAUACUCGUGAAUCGACACCUACUGCAUCGAGUAGAGCAUGUGCCUAAAACACGGAUACAACGUCAGCAAAAUCCAGCAGAUGUGAUCCAAUAGCUUCCCUACGUUUCUGAAACCGUAAUCAGGGAUGUAUCGAGUCACUUGGUAUGCCAGGAUACUUACCGCUUCUUCCCAAGUCAAAGGAUGCGAUGGGCAGUCAGGCGUUGGCGCCGACAAGAAGGUGAUCUUGUUCACAACUUCGGAGUGGUGGCGGCGAGUAAACGCAUCGCCGUGAGCAGAGGGCAAAAUGCAGCGGCAUAUAGUGUGCGGCCCUGAAGCGACCAGGUCUUUGGAGUAUUUGGUUAUGUGUGGGUGUGUGGUGUAGGGAAAGGGUGGUAUGGGAAGGGGUCGAUGAAAGACCACUCCUGAAUAUACCUUCUUCUCCCUCUGGCUUGGAUAGCUAAUGAUAGAGGACAGUCGCUUCGUUACAACAGUCGAACUUCUAGCAGUCGUUGUAGAGUUUGUAUCGUUUCGAACAUGGCUGACGGUAUGUAAUGUCUGCGGUUCAACGGCGGACUCAUCUUCCUGUGGGGUCCGAGGUCGCCUCCAAAGAAUUCUGAUAUAGCACAUUGGGUGAUGGUCGAUUGGGGUUGAUACUAAGGGUUGAAGAUAACAAGAAUGCUGGGAGUACGUAUCUGGUUGAAUGUUGACCGUUGACGUGCUGCUAGUUGUGGAAUUCAAUCAUUUCAAAGGACCUUAUGUAGUGAAAGGUGUAUGACCAAUACAAAGAAGCUGUAGCCUAGUCAAGAUCAGGUGGGUGAGCAAACAGAAGCGGUGUGGAUUGUGACUGGGUAGCGUUGCAUUUUAACUGUUUCUCUCAGUCUAGGUGAUGGACACCGCACUCGAAAGUGUGAAACAAUGUUUUUGUAUAAAUUGGGCACCUUUCUGUCCGGCUUUUACUUGAUAUGCUCAGUUGUUUCUUGCGUAACUACUGCAGGGCAGAUAUAUUGCGGCAUGGCGGUCGACACACUGCAUAAUUAAUUAAUGUGAAGACAUACGAGAUAUAUGAAUCAUUGAAUGUGCAAUGACAGGUGGGAGAUAUUAACGACCGGCUCCAUACAUUUGCACUCGGAGUGAAUGGGAUGCAUGUGAAUGGGGACACGAUGAUUUGACACCGCGUAUAUGGUACUCUGCCAGACUUCAAUGAUGUGUAACUAAUAGAUGUCACC